AUGACCUGGCGGUACAACUCCUGCUUGAUCUCGGUCGCCUUCAGCGAUGAGGCGAGUAGGGAACGUCUCGUGAGAGAGGAUGUGCACGGUGGCCUCCUUGAGUUCGGACAGAACCGUCUCGGUGUUGCGGGUGAUCUCCUCGUGCGUGAGAGUGGAGGACGAAGACGUCUGCUGGUUGUUGUAGAAGCGCACCAUCUCGCUCAUCUUGGACAGCGACUCCUCGUGGGCCCAGCCGUGCGUCUCCCGGAUGGUGGUGACGCGCUUCUUGAACACCUUGAUGACGCGCUGGACCUGCUCGGACGACACGGCCGUGUUGGUGGUGGCGUUGGUGGUGGUGGUGAUGAGGUCGGCCUGCGCCUCGUAGAUGGAGUCGAGGAUGGAGCAGAUCUCGGAGUGGUCGACUUCUUCGGAAUGGAUCUUGAGCAGCUCCUCGUAGAGCACAAUGGCAUCGACUUCGUACCGCUUGAACUCCUGGCACACCUUGGCCAGGUAAAGGGUGGCCUGGAUGGUGAUGGAGGAGGUGGAGCCAAACACACUCUUGCACUGCGUCCGAUAGUCGACCGACACCUUGUGGAUGAUGGUAAAGUCACUGCGGACGCUGCGAAGGCAGUGAACGUACCUCUGGAACAGAGUCUUGACAAACUCUGGGUCGUUCAGCUUGGGGCUGAGCUUGGGCUGGCGAAGGAAGCAGGUAAAAACCACCUUGUAGUAGUUGACGGCCUCAGGGAAUCGACCCUUGCUCCAAAGCUCGGUGGCCACAAUGUUGAAGGGCUCAAAGGCCUCGGGCUGGAUCUCGUCAGCAUCGUGAGGAUGGAGAGCCUUGAUGAUUCGCUGGUAGUAUUCGACAAAGAUGGGUCGCGGGCGCGUCAAUUCGGCAAGCUCCCACAACAUCUCAACCACCUUUGGGUGUUUGUCGCCGUAGUGGUUGACGUAAUCAUCCAGCAUCUCCUGGCGCGUGGUGAUGACCAGCUCCGAUUGGUCCGUCCGCCGAAGCAACUGGACCAGUUCAGCCGCGACACGCUCGCGCAGCUCAUCGUCGACCUUGCGGCAGGUCCGCAUCGCGCGGUAGACGCGCACACGCAUGUCCUCUUCCUUGGCGCGCCGGCGACGGGCGUGGUAGCAUUCGGCCAGACGCUCGGCCAGGUCGACGCACUGCUCGACCAGUUUCUGUGGGGCCACGACGUCCUCGACGUUUGGCGUGAACAGCGAUGGCCAGACGCCACGGAGGAUCUUCUUGAGCAGACGAGUGGCGUCCUGCAGGCGGUGCUGUUUCAUGUACAGGCGCACAAGGCUGCUCGACGCCGUAAAGGUGCUCUCCUCGACCGUGUUGGUAGAGCUGCUCUGCUCCAGCACCAUUUCCUCCAGCAUGGACUCGGAGACGGUGGUCGUGGUGCUGCCCGAGUUGCUGCUCAUGGACUGCACAAGCUCUUGCGAGGUGCUGUGGAUGGUCUGCUGCAGUUCAUGAAGUUUGAGCAGUGCUUCAUCAGCGUCAAGCUCUCCGACACGAGGCCGACGCGCUUCAUCAUGGACGCCAUCUCCAUGUACAUGCUGCAAGUCGUCUCGGUGAUGGAGACGCUCGCCUGUGACGACUUGUAUUCCUCCCAGGUGGUGGACAAGAUGCUGCUGGCGUCCGAGGUGCGGCCCUGCUGCGUCAGGAACCUCGCGUAG